CUUCCGGUGAACUUCCUGGUUUUGUUUGCAUAGCGGCUAACUUGGCUAGCUAUGUCAUUUCCAACUAUUUAAAACGCUCUUUGUAUGUCCGUGAGUCAAACUGUGUUGGAAACGUUAAAACGCACUCUCUCGUCGACAAGACCUGCAAUGGCUUGCUCUUAGUCAUGCAAGUAACGUUAGUUGAAAUGUAGUAGCUGUUAGCUAACGGCUAACUUGACAGCUAAUGUAGCUAGGAUAGGAAUAGGAUGUGCUGUUAGGAAGUUAGCCAGCCAACACUGAUUAUGUUUCUGCUUAUUCGUCUGUUAUGCUUCUACUUGUUUUAAAUAACUUCUGCGCUAUGGACACCGAGGGAAUAGAAAUCCGUAUAAAGACUCCCGUCGGGGAUAUGGACUCAUCCGUGGACUGCCCAUCACUUUUGAGCUUCAAUGACUUGUUGGUCGCUAUAAGGGAUGUCAUGCCCGAAACCACAAUCACUGCGUUUGAAUAUGAGGAUGAGGUGGGUGAUAGAAUCACUGUGAGGAGUGAUGAAGAACUCAAAGCCAUGUUGUCAUAUUACUGCAAUAAUGUGAAGGAGCAGCGGAUGAAUGGCCUACUGCCUGAGCCUCUCCAGAUAUUUCCUCGAGCCGGCAAGACUCCAGGGAUCCGGAACAUACACGGCCUGAAGGUGAACACAAGGCCCAAUGACUGUUCCCCCGCCGCCAUCGGCUCUAUGCCCAACAAUAGUCCCAGUCUAAAGAAGUCCUCCGCAGAGCUAAAGAAGAUUUUGACUAAUGGACAGAUCAAUGGCCAAGACAUACAAUACCAGGAGCAGCUUGGCCAUGGAAACGGAGGGACCGUGUACAAAGCGUACCAUCUUCUCGGCAACAGAGUGUUGGCGGUGAAGGUCAUUCCUCUGGAUAUCACAGUGGAGCUACAGAAACAGAUCAUGUCCGAGUUGGAGAUCCUCUACAAGUGUGAUUCCUCCUACAUCAUAACCUUCUACAGUGCCUUCUUUGUGGAGAACAGGAUCUCCAUAUGCACAGAGUAUAUGGACGGUGGCUCUCUGGACGUAUACAGGAGGAUCCCAGAACAUGUGUUGGGUAGGAUCUCUGUGGCGGUUGUGAAAGGCCUAACCUAUCUAUGGAGCCUGAAGAUUCUUCACAGAGACGUCAAGCCUUCCAACAUGCUGGUCAACACUAGAGGUCAAGUGAAGCUCUGUGACUUUGGAGUCAGCACGCAGUUGGUGAAUUCCAUCGCCAAGACGUAUGUGGGAACUAACGCCUACAUGGCACCGGAGAGGAUAUCUGGGGAACAGUAUGGUAUUCAUUCAGACGUCUGGAGCGUGGGCAUCUCCUUCAUGGAGUUGGCACUGGGCGCUUUCCCCUAUCCACAGAUUCAGAAAAACCAAGGAUCUUUAAUGCCUCUCCAGUUACUGCAAUGCAUCGUUGAUGAGGAGCCUCCUGUUCUUCCUGUGGGUCAGUUCAGCCAGAAGUUUGUCCACUUCAUCACACAGUGCAUGAAGAGACUCCCCAAAGAGAGGCCUGCUCCUACCAACCUUAUGGACCAUGCCUUCAUCCUGCUCUACGAUGAUGGCAAUGCGGAGGUGGUGUCCAUGUGGGUGUGUCGCUGCCUAGAGGAGAGGAGAGCCCAGGCUCAGGGACAGAUGUGACCCCGUAAACACAGGAGAUCAAGUUAUAGCGGUCAAGGGUAUCAUGUAGGGCCAGGAUGAUACCAGUAUCUCUAUACUCGUUAAUAUCGUGGCAAAGAAACAAAACACCAAGCGCUUUUAACUUCAUUAGGAAAACAGUCCUGAUGUUGGAAACAAAACAUCUUUAUGAUGUCAUCCAGAGUCACAUGUAUUUAUUUUCUAUCUAUAGCUCACAAUAUUUUACAUACAGCAGGUGUUUAAAGGACUGAAAGAGUUUGGUCUGCUUUGUGUUUUCAUUUUUGCCAUAGAAACAAUAUUGCGAUACUGGUAUGGUCCCGGCCCUAAUAUCAUGCCCCAAUCUCUCUGGACUUUCACCAUUCGUGAACCCCAGGAGUGGACAGUAAACAUCAAAGACACGGUUUCUAAAACGUAUUGAAGACGUCCAUGGUGUAAAGAGGGCGUCUGUACGGCCAACGUCAGUAAGCCAAGAGGAUACUGGAUCUUUACAACUGAACGUUCGUUACAAGUGGAACUUUGUUAUCUGGGCCCUUGGCAUGUUGACUGAUGUCUUGAUGGUGUCUCCUGGCGACUCUUACACUCCAAACCUGGCUGUGUGUUGACGCUGCUUUAUCAAUGAAUUUACAAGUGAGUGGGACUUAUUCCGUGACUGUUUGCCUACUUAGUUAUGUCUAACUCAGAGAGGCUUUAGACAGAAUGUCAGAGUAAGUGAUCAACGAUGAGAUGGGGCUUGAAAACCCAAAUGGCUUUACAAUAACAAAUAAGUGCUAUUUUCCAGGAUGACGCUCGGAUAACCUGUUACACUUUAUUGUUGGCAGCUUUCUAGUGAAUGUGGAGGUGUGGCGGUGUGUACGGCAGUAACCCAUGUGUGUGUACGGCAGUAACCCAUGUGUGUGUCGGUAUGUACGGCAGUAACCCAUGUGUGUGUACGGCAGUAACCCAUGUGUGUGUACGGCAGUAACCCAUGUGUGUGCGGCAGUAACCCAUGUGUGUGUACUGCAGUAACCCAUGUGUGUGUACGGCAGUAACCCAUGUGUGUGUACGGCAGUAACCCAUGUGUGUGUGCGGCAGUAACCCAUGUGUGUGUGCGGCAGUAACCCAUGUGUGUGUGCGGCAGUAACCCAUGUGUGUGUGCGGCAGUAACCCAUGUGUGUGUGCGGCAGUAACCCAUGUGUAUGUACGGCAGUAACCCGUGUGUGUGCGGCAGUAACCCAUGUGUGUGUCGGUAUGUACGGCAGUAACCCAUGUGUGUGUGCGGCAGUAACCCAUGUGUGUGUCGGUAUGUACGGCAGUAACCCAUGUGUGUGCCGGUAUGUACGGCAGUAACCCAUGUGUGUGCCGGUAUGUACGGCAGUAACCCAUGUGUGUGUACGGCAGUAACCCAUGUGUGUGCCUAAUGUUUUUACAAUGACGCUUCUGUGACAUUACUUUACCUCAUCGAGAUACACUAUAUAUAUAUGAAAGUAUGUGGACACCACUUCAAAUUAGUGGAAUUGGCUAUUUCAGCCACACUCGUUGCAGACGGGUGUAGAAAGUUGAGCACACAGCCAUGCAAUCUCCAUAGACAAACAUUGGCAAUAAAAUGGCCUUACAGAGGAGCUUAGUGAAUUUCAACGUGGCACUGUCAUAGGAUGCCACCUUUCCAACAAGUCAGUUUGUAAAAUGUCUGCCCUGCUAGAGCUGCCCUGGUCAACUGUAAGUGCUGUUAUUGUGAAGUGGAAACGUCUAGGAGCAACAACGGCUCAGCGGCAAAGUGGUAGGCAAUACAAGUUCACAAAAUGGGACCGGCAAGUGUUGAAGCGCGUAGUGUAAAGAUCAUCUGUCCUCAGUUGCAACACUCCCUACCGAGUUCUAAACUGCCUUUGGAAGCAACGUCAGCACAAUAACUGUUUUGUCGCGAGCUUCAUGAAAUUGGUUUCCAUGGCCAAGCAGCCAUACACAAGCGUCGGCUGGUGUAGUGUAAAGCUCGCCGCCAUUGGACUCUGGAGCAGUGGAAACACGUUCUCUGGAGUGAUGAAUCACACUUCACCAUCUGGAAGUCCGACAGACAAAUCUGGGUUUGGCGGAUGCCAGGAGAACGCUACCUGCCCCAAUGCAUAGUGUCAAC